AUGAUAUCAUGGGAUGUUAGUGCAAAACGUUUAAAGUAUAAACCUAUAAAAUCUAAGCGUAACAGUGAAACUUGUCAAUCUGGAAGUUCUAUAUACCAAACUUCUGGCAUAAUUAAUAUACCUUGUACGCAAAUGUUUGCACACCUUAAAGAAUACAACGCACAAGCUUGUUGUGAAUUUUGCUUAAACAAUCCUCGCUGCAUUUAUUGGUCAUUUCUUGACAAAGUUAAUUGUAAUAUUGGUUUUUAUGAUCCAGAUUGUAAAAAAAAUGUUUUAAGUCUAAAGGACGGAGAGAAUGGAGGAAAUAUAAACAGAACGUAA